CACAGCCGCCCGGUGGCCGCGUCCGGGCGAUGGCUCUGCGUCUGGUGGCCGACUUCGAUCUCCGGAAGGACGUGCUCCCGUGGCUGCGGGCGCAGCGGACGGCGGCCGCGGGGGCCCGAGGUGGCGGCGCAGGUAUUUUAGAAAAUAAUUAUGAGAGCUUACGUGUACUAAAUGUUGAAAGAAAUGGAAAUAUUAUUUAUACCUAUAAGGAUGAUAAGGGAAAUGUCGUCUUUGGAUUGUGUGAUUGCCGCACCAGACAAAAUGAGCAUCUCUACACAUUUGAGAAAGACUUGCAAGUUGUCAGUUGCUCUGUCAACAGCGAGAGAACGUUGCUUGCUGCAAGUUUAGUUCAAUCUACUAAAGAAGGAAGAAGGAAUGAGCUUCAACCAGGAUCAAAGUGCUUAACUUUGUUGGUCGAAAUCCACCCUGUUAACAAUGUGAAGGUUCUAAAAGCAGUGGAUAGCUAUAUCUGGGUACAGUUCCUCUACCCACAUGUUGAAGGUCACCCUCUUCCAGAGAAUCAUCUGUUACUGAUUUCAGAAGAGAAAUAUAUUGAACAAUUUCAUAUCCAAGUCAUCCAAGAAGAUGGAAAUAGAGUGGUGAUUAAAAAUUCUGGCCAUCUCCCAAAAGAGAGAGUAGCCGAGGAUUUUGUUUGGGCUCAGUGGGAUAUGUCAGAGCAGAGAUUAUACUACAUUGACCUGAAGAAAUCAAGGAGUAUCUUAAAAUGCAUCCAGUUUUAUGCUGAUGAGAACUUUAACUUAAUGUUUGAAGCACCCUUGGACAUAUUAUUAAAUGACUCAGGAUUUAAUCUUGUCAACUUUGGAUGUGCUGAUCUUCAAAACCAAGAGAAAUUAUCCAAACACCUAACCCUGUGCGUUUUUACCAACCAUACAGGAAGUCUGUGUGUAUGUUACAGCCCGAAGUUUGACUCUUGGGAACAAAUCACAUAUUCAGUGUUUUACUUUCAUAAAGGGUACAGCAAGACCUUCACUGCUGCUCUUGAGAGUGCUGACUCAUACGUGACGAAGGGCAUUACUUUUCUCAACCUUGACUACUAUGUGGCUGUUUACUUACCUGGUCAUUUCCUUCAUCUACUUAGCAUUCAACAUCCAGACCUGAUCUGCCACAGUCUGUUUCUGUCAGGAAACACUGAAGUGGUUGAUAUGCUACCCCACAGUCCUUUACAGUCACUGUCGGGGUCGCUGGUACUGGAUUGGUGUUCUGGAAAGCUCUAUCGGGCACUCCUCAACCAGUCAUAUUUACUACAGUUCCUGUGGAACACCCGGUUGGACUGUGAGAAGAUGGCCGUGUUGCACUGCGUGCUUUCGUGUGGCCGAGACUCGCGGUUUCUGGAAGCCAAGAUUAUUCAAUGGAUUUCUGAGACCAUCUCCUCCUGCCAUUCAUUUGACCUCAUUCAGGAGUUUAUAAUUGCUUCUUCUUAUUGGAGCAUAUAUCCAGAGACAAGUAACAUCGACAAACUUUUGCCAUAUUCCUCAGUGCUGACUUGGAAUACAGAAAUUCCUGGAAUAACCCUUGUGACGGAAGAGAUUGCACUGCCUCUAAUGAAGGUGCAUAGCUUUAAGGGCUACUGGGAAAAACUGAACUCCAACCUGGAAUACGUUAAGUACUCCGAGCCACACUUACUCUAUAACAACAGCGUGGUCAGGAGAGAGUGGCACAACCUGAUCUCGGAAGAGAAAACAGGAGAAAGAAGGUCCGUGGUGUAUGUGAGGAGUAUUCUUGAUAAUGCAGUGAAGGUGAUUUCCAACCUAGAAGCAAGGCGUCUGGAGCCAAGGUUAACACCCCUCUUCCAGGAGGAAGACAACCACCAGAGGCUGCUCAUGGGGCUGAUGGUGUCUGAACUAAAAGACCAUCUUUUGAGACACCUACAGGGUGUAGAAAAGAAGAGAAUUGACCAGAUGGUUCUGGACUACGUUUCAAAACUGCUGGAUCUCAUUUGCCAAAUCCUGGAAACCAGCUGGACGAAACAUAAUCUUCAUCCCUGCAUUCUCCACUUCCACAGGCGGGCUAGUGCUGCUGAAUUUGCAGUCUUUCACAUCAUGACCAGGAUUUUGGAAGCUACUAACAGUUUGUUUUUACCUCUGCCUCCUGGUUUUCACACUCUGCACACGAUCCUUGGCGUCCACUGUCUCCCGUUGCAUAACCUGCUGCAUUACAUUGAUAAUGGAGUGUUGCUUCUCACAGAAACAGCUGUCACCAGGCUCAUGAAAGAUCUGGACAAUACAGAGAAAAAUGAAAAACUAAAAUUCAGCAUCAUUGUGCGACUUCCUCCGCUCAUUGGUCAGAAGAUCUGUCGACUUUGGGAUCAUCCCAUGAGUUCUAACAUUAUUUCACGGAACCAUGUGAAGCGACUGCUUCAGAACUAUAAGAAACAGCCUCGGAGUUCUGUGAUUGACAAGUCGUCAUGCAGUGUAGAAUUUCUGCCUCUGAACUACUUCAUUGAAAUCCUGACAGAUAUAGAAUCCUCCAGUCAAGUUCUGUAUUCUUUUGAAGGACAUGACAAUGUGGAUGCGAAAUUUGUAGAGGAAGCAGCUCUGAAGCACACCACAAUGCUUUUAGGCUUAUAAAAGAGAAAAUGCAGUUAUAUCAGCUUCUGGUAUUUUAAUCUUGCUCAUUAGCUCUACUUCUUUUGAGAAUUCUUUAGCAAUAUUUGAAAUCGGUACCCCAAACCAGAGUACAUUGUUGAGCCAUCUGAAUCUCAGUUCAGUACUUGUUCAGACAAAACUAGACUGCGGUACCUCAUCCCAGUUUUGCACAGCAAGUGAGCAAUCAGGUGUAGAGAGAUGACAAACAGUCUGGGGAGGAUGCAGUGGCAUAAAUGAUGCCCCUCCUAGUGGCUUACCUUCCUAGUGCUUCACAGGCCAAAAGCCGGCUUCUGUUGCACUCUGAAAUAAAAUAUGCUUAAAAAUGUAGGGAACAGUGCUUAGAAAAACAAAAACUAGAUGUGUCAUUGAAAAUAACAUAUGACAAGUGGAAAAAUUAAAUGUUGCAUAAAAACUGUAUUUGGAAAGGGGAUACUUUUU